CAAGACAGACGGUGAGAUGAAGCGCCGCACAGGGAAACUAGACCUGAGGGAUGAGUUUUUCAUGGUCCUCGUGCGGCUGAGGACAGGGAUGGCAGGCAGGGAACUUUCCCGCAAUUUCAACAUCACUGAAGCGCAUGUUAGUAAGGUGUUUACGACAUGGAUUAACUUUCUUCAGCGAGAGUUAAGGGCACUGAUCUAUUUUCCAACUGUUCUGGAGACUCGGAAAAAACUCCCCGAUUCUUUUCACAAAUUUCCCAACACGAGAAUCGUUCUUGAUGCAACUGAGGUGCGUACUCAGAAGCCAUCGGCUUUGCUUGCUCAGAGGCAGACCUUUUCACCGUACAAGCAUUACAACACGUACAAGGCUAUUGUUGGCUGUACGCCCAACGGGUACAUUUGCUACGUCUCGGGGCUCUGGGGUGGGUGUGCCUCAGACCGGACGAUCGUCGAGGAUAGUGAGCUCAUGGGGCAGUUGGAGGCAGGGGACGCCAUCAUGGUGGACAAGGGUUUUAAAUUUAAUGACCUGCCACCUGGAGUGCAAGUGCACAUUCCGCCUUUCCGGCAGCCACACGAGCCUCAGAUGCCUGAGCAAGACGUAGCAAAUACCCGGCAGGUGGCAAGCGCCCGGGUGGUCGUGGAGCGCGUGAUCGGGAGGGUGAAGCAAUUUCACAUUCUCGAUCGACCAUUUCCUAUCACAAUGAUGGACAUUGCUGAGCAGGUGUUUCAGGUUUGUUGCUUCCUAAGCCACUUCCGUAUGCCAAUGGUCAGUGCCAAGUAG